GCUUAUUUUAAAGACUGUUUGUUUUUGUUGUUUAUGUAAUUCUGUUAUUGCAAGUAAUAAUUUUUCCUGGAGUCGCAAAUGCUAGUCUAUUACAGCAUCCACGCUAGUGAAGUAAGAAUUGAAAGGAGAUUAUCAUGGAAAGUGUCUUUUCUGACAGAGGUUCUGGACCACAGUUAAAUGACACUAAACCAAGAAUCAAUGAGCCGAAAGCUUCAAAUAGAAAUAAACGCAACUCGAAGCAAGGCGUCCUGUGGUUAAUACUGAGAAGCGCCAUCUUCACACUCUGUUUGGCUACGUGUUUGUAUCAGUCGCUGUCAUUUUACAAACACUAUAUCACUUACCCUCUAACAACAAGUAUUACAAUCAUUAAUCGUAAGGUCUUUAAGAAGCCAGCCAUAACAUUUUGCAACAGAAGUCCAUUUCGGCGGGAAAAGUUCUGCAUGAAUCAUCCCUCUUUCUGCCAACACCCAUACGAAGUGAAAGAGUUUUGUGAGGAGCAUGGCCAUUUCUGCAAGGGGAUAAACAUCUCAACACUAAUGAUUCCCAAACUUGGAUACUAUGCGAGUGAACCUUCCACGGAGUUUAAGGAAUUUCUUUUUCAGUCUUAUAGAAAUUACACCCUAGAUAAAUCGCUUUUCAGGCUUCGCUUCGGCAGAAAUGAAAUGAAGUAUCUAUUAAUAGCCGAUCCAUCAGAGACUUUUACAGAGAAUGGAAAAUUGGUGAGAUGUCACUCGAAAAAUCUUCAUCUCGUCAGUGCUGGUGAACCAGAAAUUCAAGAAAUUGAUUCUACUAAGGAAGAGAGAACACAAAUAGACUUCUUUCGGCUGAAAGUGAGGAAAGAAGAUAUCUUCUUUCCCUGGACGGGAAAUCAAAUUUUUUUAUCCAUUCAUUCUCCCUUCGUUCCGGUUAAUCCGCUUUUGGAAGGCAAUUAUCUCAAAUCAGGAUAUGAAUAUAAUAUUUAUGUUCGUCUUGAUGAGGAACAUCUUCAACCUUAUCCAUAUGAAACUAAUUGUACCGACUAUGACGCACUAUGGAGAAAAAAUAACAAAACAGGCUUCCGAUCUCAAGAAAUGUGCAAAGCAAUGUGCUAUUUGUCCUAUUCCAGAGCUUGUUUUGACUGCGAGAAACCAAAAGUCAUGUUAUACCAACCAGAAAACUUGUGUUCAGAUCAAACUGAGUGGUCAGGCUGCAGAGAUGCAAAUGCAACUGAAAGACUUGAUGAUUGCAGGAGAAACUGCAAACCGGCAUGCUUAAAAUUGAAGUAUUAUUUCUCACUUGUAAAAAUAGAAAAGAAGGACAGAUCUAUCGAAUUCGGCAACAUCCUGUAUAAAUUUCCAAAAUAUUAAGUAAUUCUGCAGUUGGAAACUUUAUUCACAUAUUUUUACUUCUUUUUCAGCUUAAUCACAGAGACUACAUCACAAUUCGUGUUUACGUGAAGGAUACUGAAGUCACUGUUUUGUCGCAUAAUCCUUUGUAUGGGAGUUUUGAGGUGUUCAGUUACGUCGGCGGACUGAUGGGCUGCUGGCUCGGAAUCUCGGUGUGGACGUGCUUCGGAAUGACUGGAAAGAAAUUUCGUACGUUUUUCAAAUAUUUGAAGAGCUCCCGGAAGAUACCAAGAAAUUCAUUUGAAGUUGCCCCUUCUUCGAAAAAGCACACGUUUUGAUCUCAGAGAAGGUCUACAUAAAGAGAGUUUCUUUUCUUUUUUAAUUAUUGUUUUUCUUUGGAAAUAAUUGCUUAAAUUUAGCUUUGAAUACCU